UGCCGGGCGCCGCCGGGCCGGGACGGAGCCGUUGGUGCGGAGCCGAACGGGCUGGGCCGCGUGAGGACCCCGCCAUGAGCCGCAGCUGCCUCCCCCAUUGCCUGCUCGGAGCCCUCCUGGCGCUGGCGGCCGCAGAGCCCACCCAGUACUUCCGGGAGGAGUUCGGGGAUGGAGACGCCUGGACCCAGCGAUGGGUGGAAUCCAAGCACAAACCCGACUACGGCCGAUUCGUGCUCAGCGCCGGCAAGUUCUAUGGGGACGCCGAGAAGGACAAAGGGAUCCAGACCAGCCAGGACGCCCGUUUUUAUGCCAUCUCCUCCCGCUUCGAGCCCUUCAGUAACCGUGACAAGAGCCUGGUGGUUCAGUUCACUGUGAAGCAUGAGCAGAACAUCGACUGUGGGGGGGGGUAUGUGAAGCUCUUCCCGGCCAGCCUCAAGCAGGAGGAUAUGCACGGGGAUUCCGAGUACAACAUCAUGUUCGGCCCUGAUAUCUGCGGCCCUGGCACCAAGAAGGUUCAUGUCAUCCUCAACUAUAAAGGCAAGAACGCGCUCAUCAAUAAGGAUAUACGGUGCAAGGAUGACGAGUUCACACACCUGUACACCCUGAUCCUGCGUCCGGACAACACCUACGAGGUGAAGAUUGACAAUGGACGUGUGGAGGGGGGGGCCCUGGAGGACGACUGGGACCUGCUCCCCCCCCGGCGCAUCCGCGACCCCCAGGCCCAUAAACCCGAGGACUGGGAUGAGCGAGCCAAGAUCGAUGACCCCGAGGACACCAAACCCGAGGAUUGGGAUAAACCAGAGCACAUCCCUGACCCCGAUGCCAAGAAGCCGGAGGAUUGGGAUGAGGAAAUGGAUGGGGAGUGGGAGCCCCCCGUGAUCCAGAACCCGGAGUACAAGGGCGAGUGGCGGCCGCGGCAGAUCGACAACCCCGACUACAAGGGGAAAUGGGUGCACCCCGAGAUCGACAACCCCGAGUACAGCCCCGACCCCUUGCUCUAUGCCUACGACAGCUUCGGUGUCAUCGGCCUCGACCUCUGGCAGGUGAAAUCUGGGACCAUCUUUGACAACUUCCUCAUCACCGAUGAUGAGAAACUGGCCGAGGAGAUCGGGAAUGAGACCUGGGGGGCCACCAAGGACGCCGAGCGCCGCAUGAAGGAGCAGCAGGACGAGGAGCAGCGGCAGCGCCAGGAGGAGGAGGAGAAGCAGCACAAAGACGACGACGGCGGCGACAACGACAACGACGACGAGGAGGAGGAGGACGAGGAAGAGGAGGAGGAGCCCGAGGCCGAGGAGGCGGCGCCGAGGGACGAGCUCUGAGCGGCGCCGCGGGCCCGGCCCCGGUCUCUGUGAGACCCUUUGGACUCUUUUCUACGGCCGCCGCCGCCGCCGCCGCCGGGGGACGAGCACCGGGAAUAGCGCUGGGAA